UAAAAGCUAGCCAAGAAACGGCGGUCCGCCCGAGUUACCGCUUACCGUUCCCCAUGUAGCGGUGAGCUGAACUCCCUUUACCCCACAUUCUCCGGGGCGUGUAAUAGAGUCGGCUCACCGCCUUUUCCACGCCUGCAGCUUUUCUCUCUACCUGGGAGGCUGGGACUUAAGUCGUGAUGUAGGCGAAGCAACCUCGAAGGAAGCAGAGUUCGAGAGGAGCGGCGAUCGAGAUGGUGGGGAUCUUCUCUCGCUUCUCCGGCGGCCGGAGCGGCCACCGGCGGGCGAAGAGCGCGAUCGAGGUUGGGCAAACGGUGGCACCUAAUGCAGAGGUACCAGCUUCUGCACCUCUUACUGCGGCCCAUGGAAUUGAAGUAGCAGUUCAAAUUAAGCCAGUUGAGCACCCAAUCGAGCCUCUCAACCAUGACCAACCUGUUAAAUGCCCACUACCAGAACCUUCAAUACUUAAUGAUGGAAGAAUAUGGAAGGAGCGGAUCUCUUCUGCAGGCACAAGAAUGAGGACUGACUUACCAGUUGUGAAGGACAGAUCGCAUCUUGAAUCCAGAGAUGGUGGAACGAAGCCCCAAUCUGAACCACCUAGACGGGCCAUAUUACCAUCCAUGAGUGCCCCCGAACAUAAUAUCAUAGCUCUGCUGGAAGAAUGCAGUGUAUCUGAAAACUGGACUGCUGGUGAAUGAGCUUACAAGCAAUAGAACUUGUACUUGUUUCUUCACACUUUAUUUUGUUGUCUUUCCUUCUUGUUCUUGAGAUAUGUUUUCAUAUUUCCCAUUCCCCCAGUGUUGACUUGAUUAUGAAUUAUAUUAUGGCGGAAGAUGAAAGCAUGAGAAACUUAUAGCACAGUUGCCUUGUCAAAGUUAUUGACCAAACGAGUUAUAUGGUCUGCACAUGAUUUGCAUUAUUCUUGCAUCCAGACGUAACAAAUUUGUGUUAUGGAAUUGUAACACCAUAAAUAACGCAGAGCUUAUAUUCAUUGUA